GAUGCUUAAGGUGUUGCUGUAACUACUGAAUAACGUUGAACAAGAGGAAGACGUUGAGCAACGCGUAUUUAGAGGAUUUUGAUGGAGACACAGACGUAUCGCCAGAAUGUAACAGCCGUUUCGCAAGCGUUGGCUAAUGUGCUGAAAGGAAAAUCGUUUGGAACACAUUUCCAGAGGAUGCUGAAAUUCUUAGGAUACCGUGCCCUCGGAUUUAUCGCGAGUAUAAAGAAUCAUUUCCUAACAGUGGACGAGCGUCAAAAUGGCUCGCUCGCGCUAACGACUAGGGUAAAUUAUCAGAGAAACCGUAAAUGGAUAAACAUUCGCCGGACAUCCGAUCCGGCGGCGCGAAUAAGCCCAGGAUUUUUCACUUGGCCCGCGAUUUAUGAUCUUACAAAAGGCCGGCGAUAUAGGUGCAACGUUGCACCAGCGAUGCAUUCACGGUAACACCAGCUACGUAUUCGAGAAGAGAUGCAGCGAGCGAGGUUGGCUUGCCUCUAAAAUAUACACGCGAGAACCGUGACACCAGCUAUGCCAAUAAUUUAACGCGGCCGUUUUUUCUUUCUAUUUUGUUUUUCUUUCCGUUUGUUAGGUGAGACUGGCGCG